AUGCUAAUGCUUUGGAAUUCGGUAUAAAAGAUGUUCCUCCUGGCACACAAGUAAUGAUUGCUAAAGUUGAUCGUGAUGACUACACAUUAGCUGACCUCUUCUUCUUUCGUCGAGCAAUACCAAAAGAACUGAAUAUUCCUAACGUUAAUCUAUACUUCAGUUUUGUUCGUAUUGGAUCUCUACAGCUGCUACAUAAUAUUCCUGACUACUUAUACUCUGCAUUGUUUCCUCUAUCUACUGAGAUACAGCAACAGUUAGCUAGUAUUGGUAUCACUGAACUAACAUGUGGUGAUUAUCAAUAUGAUCUAAGAAAGUUCUCAGCAUCACAAGAGUUGCAGCAGUCAGUUCAGUCAUCUUUAGAUAUUGGUAUGUAA